AAACCCAGCAGAAGAAGUGGCAAGCUGGCGGAGAACGAAUGCAGGGAAAUGGGUCUACCUGACUCUUGCUGACCUUCAGUGACGAUUGGCCCCCACAGCCAUCUGUCAGCAUGCAGGGAUUCUACUCCAAGCUCGACUCCUCUCCCUCCUCGUCCCCGUUAUUGGGGGUCGGCCUCGGGCGGGAAGGCGCUCCUGUGCCCCUCAGCCUGGCUGUGGAGACGGAGAAAGCUCAGGCCCUCCUGCAGACAUUCAGCUCCGCCUCUCUGCUGGCGUCGGCAGGACUCGGUAUGUUCUGCGUGGUGGCGGACCACGCCCUCCAGCUGCCGGUCAUUCAGCACCACCUGUGGCUGCGCGCUGCCUUGGACAACGCCACGCAUGGAUUGGUUGGACUGUGGUCAUGGGCUGUUGUUAUUGGACUGAGGAAAAAGAGUGAUCUGUAUGAGGUGCUGUUGGCUGGUCUUCUGGCAUCAAUUAUAGACCUGGACCACUUCUAUAUGGCUGGAUCCCUGUCACUCAAGGCCGCUGUGUCGCUCCCCCAGCGUCCUCCUCUCCACUGCUCCUCUCUCAUCCCCGUCCUCUGUCUCUCGCUCCGCUUCCUCAUGUGGAUCGGACGCCUCAAAGAUGCUUGGUGCUCCUUGCCGUGGAUGCUUUUCAUUUCCAUGGCGACGCACCACGUGCGGGAUGCCGUGCGCCACGGCCUGUGGGUGUGCCCGUUCGGCAACACGGCGCCGCUCCCCUACUGGCUGUACGUCAGCACCACGGCCACGCUCCCUCACCUGUGCUCAGUGCUCAUGUACCUGACGGGAACCAGAGAUGUGAUCUCCACCAAACACGGGGUGGCCAUCGACGUUUAGACGUUUGCCAACGUCGUCGACUGGGCACAGGAACGGUGUUCGCUGUUUGAAACAACCUUUACUUGAAAUUACUGGAGAACAUUUGUGGCACUUGAGAGCUACGGCGCUUGAAAGGUGAUGCUGAAAGAGGAAUUUAACCUUUUUUUCAGCUCAGGUGUAGAGAAAUGUUGGCUAAGAAUCAGAUUUUUUUUAAUGGCAGAUGCUAUCAGGAGCCAGGUGUCCGUAGCCAGCAGUGCUAUUUGCACCAAACCAUGAAUUUCUUAAACAUAACCAAGUCGUCUUGGUGCCUGAACCGAGCCCAAAUGCAACUGAAAAUAAGUCAUCUAAGUCUAAAAAAAAAUAAAUAAAUAAUAUUGAAUUCUGGUUUCACUUGGGACACGAACCACUGUUUCCUGGGUGAGCGUUCUGUGUUCGACCCAUUCAUCCACCACGACCUUGGACCUUGUCUCUCUUUAUACUACGUCAUCCAGUGACAGGCGUAAGACGCUGAAUAGCUGCUGUGUGACUGUUCUCCCCCAGGUGCAAAUAGACACAAUAAUAAAUGGGCUUUCCGUGGAUUGAGACAUCUGUAAAACUACAAGUUAGCUUCUGGAAAAAGGGACGUUCCAGUAAUGGUGCCAAUCUUUUUUUUUUUUCUUUGACUUUUUUCUCUGGUAUUAUGGACGUUUAUCAGUAUCCUGUUCACUGAUCUGGAGAGUAAGGCUGAUCUUUCGGGAGUGACCCUUUAAAGCUUUGACAUAUCAUUUUGCAGAGGCUUGCCUGCCCUCUGCUCGUCCGCUCAAACCCCUGUAAGACACCUGAGACUUGACCCCCAGCCACCACAGAGGUGUUCGUAUCGUUUCAUGGCCCCUGAACUGUCACUAUGUAACUGCGUGUCACUCUCCCCUUCAGUGCGUCAGCAGCAUAUUACCACUUUUAUUCCACUGUGUAUUUAAAAUCACUCCAUCUGCCAAACUAAUGACAUUUAAUGUAUUAUUCAUUCACUGUAGGGUGACUUUUAAAUCACUACCGCAUUCCCAUGACAAAUCCACUUCAGCAGGCUUUUAUUUGGCGGCUUGGACGAGCCUUAUUGUCCAGCCAAAAAUAACGUUUCCUGUACAGGCCACUUUUUGCAAAUUGGUUUUCAGCACCAACCCCAUCAGCCGUGGUUAUAGAUCAGGAUUUUAUGGCUGUGUGACCUGGUGGUAUUUCUUGGUAUUGUUGGAUUUAGCUGAAAAAAGAAAACAAAAAAAACACAUUUGUUUUUCCAAAUGCAGCGGCAGCAUUGUGCCUACAGUGAAACCUUAUUUAACUGUUUAAAUUUUUCAUGUUUAAUCCGAAGCACCAGGCCUGCUGGCUCACAAAUGCUGCAGAAUUCAGACUGUUUUCAGCUGUACACGUGACAGAAACCAAGAAGCAGCCUUUAUUUUUACAGUUUCAGACAGGAAAGUAUCAUUUACAUUCACAGUUUCGGCUCACUUGUUGCAGCAAAAGCAAAGGACGAUAAAUGACUGAUGACUUUGUGUUUUAAUGUCAAUAACGUGUGUGUGGUGUCUUUAUUUUACACCAAACAUAGAAAGGAUAAGAGGGCGGGGAAUGAUUUGUUCAAUAGUGUGUCCAUUUCUAGUAAUAUAUUCAUAUUACUACUUAAUAUUUACAGAAAUAUAAAACAAGAACAAAAAAAAAAUGUAAUUGCUGCAUUAACUUGCUGUAUAUUGUUCCACUGUAGUAUUUUUUGUGAUGCUACUGUCAAAUGACUGAUACAGUACAGUCUACGAGCUGAAAUUCCCAGCUGGCUUCUCCGUGGUGAUCACAUGACUUGUAGAAGGACCCGGGCUGUUUUUUUGAACUAUUAAUCACACAUGAAUAUUAUCAUCCACUAAGACACAACCUUGGAGGGCAGGAAGGAGGGAGUCAUCACUGUCUUAGAUAUAGACAGAUCACACACAUUCAUUCCAUAACAGUAUUAUUUAUUCUAAAUGAAAUGGUGCAUCAUGUGUUGUAAUAGAGUGGAUAUUGGAUUUAAUAGGUUUUAGGAACUUUCUAUAGUAAUUUGAAUGUAGUUGACAUGGUUUGAGCAUAAAAGGGAUGGAGGUGAUGGAUGGGAACAGUCUGCUUCUACCUUUUUGAGCUGGGUCAGAUUUUAGUUCAAUCACAUUAUUCUCAAAUAUUUUAAUGUCCAUCCAUACAUUUGUGUUUUUUUUUUUUUUUUUUUUUGUUAUGAAGCUGCUGGUGAUUAAGGCUGUAGUGAUGCUUGUUGUCCACUAGGUGGCUGCAGUGAGCUUAUAAGGAUUCACAGUUUGUUAAUUUGGUACUAAUCAGGUCUUAAAUUCUGAGACUUGCACAGUGUGUUAUAGGAAAAAAAAGUCCUGGUACAUAUGACUUUAAUUCUUUAUUUUUAGUUGCUUGGGUGUCUUUGUGUUUUGUUUUGCUGCUAUUGCACUAUCAUCUGUGUUUUAAUUAUUCAGGAAAUAUUUCCCUUUUAUCUCUUGGAAGGUACGAAGACCAGGCUGGAAACACUGUACUACACCUAGUUUUAGGAAGAAAAAGCUACACAGUAGCUGCUGGCCCAUUUUAGUUGUCAUUUUCAGUGAAGCAUCUCUUUUACUGCUGCUUAUGUUUACAAUGUGACCUUCAUUAAUGCAAUAUUAUGUUAAAUUUUGCACAUAAUUUUCUUAUGUUUGAAUCAUGUUUUUGUUGAAUGUGUUUUUUAUGACAGUUUUGAUUUUAGUAGUAAGAAAGUAUAGACAGUAACAAGAUAGUUUUAAUGUAGUGUUUUUAUCUCAAUAAAAUAUAUCCUGUAUACUGUAUAUAUUCUGUGUUUGUGCAUCAGUGCAUAUUUGGAUUUUUCAGGUAUACCGUAUCAAAAAUGGAUGGUAGUGAGAGGACAGAGCAGGAAAGAACUGAUCCAGGUUUUUUUAGUUGUACAGAAUCAACUCACUAUGUAUCAUUAAGCAAUUGGAGAGAUCCAUGUCAGUGCAAGAAUCCAUUGUAGAAAAGCCGGAGAUGCUAAUUUCUAUCCUGACACCAUGUUCAGAGCAAACACAGGUUUUAUGAUGUGUCUCACCAAACAGCUAAUAGUUACUGGUGGGAAAAUGGACUGAAUUUUUGGUACGGUCCCGUGAUGUUGGUUGUCCUCUGGAGCUACAGAAACACAAUCCAGCACCCUUGCUCAGUUCCACACACUGCUGCCACUGCUGUGGGCCUUUUCCACUCGCUCUCUGUGACUUUGCAUGAUGACAGAAUGGGAAAUAAACAGAAGCUGAAUAGAAAUUCAAACUCUGCAGUUGCGCAAUACUUACCUCAUUUAUCAGAGCUUCAGCGCACGAGCUGUGGCUGCGCUUCAGCCACAGCUCGUGCGCUCUCUCUAAGGCAUG